CUCUACACUACAGUACUCUCUCUCUCUCUCUCUCUCUAGGCUUAACUCUUAAACCCAUUCCGCCCUUCAUCUUCACCAUAAACACUGCUCAAAUAAACAUCGAGAUUUCAAAUUGGCGCACCGAAUCUCGUUCAGGUUAUCGGUUAUCUUCGUAAGAGUUCCACACUUGCAAAUGGCAGCUACUGCAGCUUCAACCUUGCAAAUUGCAGCAGCAAAACCCUCUAUUUUCUCAGCUCAAACAAUUUUUAGAGGCGGUGCAGCAAAUGUCGGAAUCAAUUCUCUAGGAGCCUCUUGGGCUAAAUUAUCCAGUGGUUGCCAUAUAUCAUCUGGACGACAUUUCAACCGGACCUUCACAUCAUCUCCUGCAAAAUUUAACAAAGCAUCCACUAAGGCAAUGUCUGAAUCUGCUGAAAGCAAGCCUGCAGCGGGAUUGCCCAUCGAUCUGAGAGGUAAGAGGGCAUUUAUUGCUGGUGUAGCUGAUGACAAUGGAUAUGGUUGGGCUAUUGCAAAAUCUUUAGCUGCUGCAGGAGCUGAGAUUCUCGUCGGCACAUGGGUGCCUGCAUUAAACAUCUUUGAAACUAGUCUACGCCGUGGGAAGUUUGACGAAUCACGCGUGCUGCCUGAUGGUUCUUUAAUGGAGAUCACUAAAGUUUACCCAUUAGAUGCAGUUUUUGACACUCCAGAAGAUGUUCCUGAAGACAUAAAAACAAACAAACGUUAUGCUGGAUCCAGUAAUUGGACCGUUAAGGAAGCAGCAGAAUGUGUAAAACAGGAUUUUGGCAGCAUUGACAUUCUUGUGCAUUCACUUGCUAACGGGACAGAGGUAACCAAACCUCUGCUGGAAACCUCAAGAAAGGGAUAUCUUGCAGCAAUAUCUGCAUCGAGUUAUUCUUACGUGUCCUUACUUCAGCAUUUCCUUCCAAUUAUGAACCCAGGUGGAUCUACGAUCUCUCUAACAUAUAUAGCUUCUGAGAGGAUUAUCCCUGGAUAUGGAGGUGGCAUGAGCUCUGCAAAAGCAGCGCUAGAGAGUGAUACAAAGGUGCUUGCUUUCGAAGCGGGAAGGAAACGUAAAAUCAGGGUGAACACUAUAUCUGCUGGCCCUUUAAGAAGCCGAGCUGCAAAAGCUAUUGGAUUUAUCGAUAUGAUGAUCGAUUACUCCAUAGAAAAUGCACCUCUUCAGAAAGAAUUGUCAGCAGAUGAGGUAGGAAACACGGCAGCCUUCUUGGUAUCGCCAUUGGCUUCUGCAAUUACAGGUGCAGUUAUAUAUGUCGAUAAUGGUCUGAACGCAAUGGGAGUGGGAGUCGAUAGUCCCAUAUUCAAGGACCUAAACAUUCCUAGAUCCAGCUAAAUGUGACAUUUAUGUAAGCGUAAGCAGGUAUUAUUAAAAUGGGAUAUAGAGAAAUUUUUUUUGGUCAUUUAUUUAACUUGGCCGGCGGCCCCUCGUUUUUUCCUAAAAUUUGUCAAUUUUUAUUAGUAUUUAUGAAGACUGGAAUAUAUCCCUAUUUAUAGUUUGUUCAAAUUUUGAGAUGGGAUCUGAAAAGACCGUAUGUCAUGUGACGAUUUGUUGUGAUUUAUGACGAUAAUCGCCAACUUGUGAA